ACCGCGGAGUGCUGUCCGUGGUCCGUAUUUUUUCCGUUCUUCUUCUUGUUUCGACAAAUGGAGCUCGUCGCGACCGCUGCACCGGUGACCUUCGGUGGCGUCUCGCCGGCGGCCCACCCCGCCGAGACAGCUGAUCGUGAAUCACGGGCCAACGGCCACUUAGCCGGCGGCGAACCGAAGUGUUACAUCUGUGGGGAUUUGCGGUUCGGCUCGGAGCCGGAACUGGACCGUCACCUGGAGUGGCAGCACGCCGGCGAGCUGGUGCCGUACCGGUGCGCACCGUGCGGCUUGGACGGGUUCGUGCCGAUCCGCUCGAUGCGUGCUAUAAAUAAACACUUUGCCCUCCACGACGUGCACGAGCGGCCCCACGGAUGCACGCUCUGUGCGCUGCGCUUCCGCUCCGGGCGCAACCUGCAGUCCCACGUUCGCCUCUACCACGCGGGCGGUUCGCGCAACGUCAAAACGUGGCCCAACGGCGUGGCCCGUGCUUCGGUGGAAGUGUCCUCCUGCCAGAAACGCCGCUCCGCCGUCGCGGGGGCUUCCCGCCGCGACUUCCAGUGCGUUCACUGUGGCGCCAUCUACAGUGCUCGGAGUGCGCUGAAACGCCACGAGAAUACGCACACACUCGGCGUGACGUACGUUUGCCGGGAAUGUGGCAAACGCUUCGCCAAACUCGACUGCCUCACGCAGCACGCCAGGAUCCACAGCCGGACACGUCCGUACGCCUGCGAGCUCUGCGGCAAGACGUUCAUCCAGCUCGGACACCUCCGGAUCCACAUGCGCCAUCACACGGGAGAACGACCGCACGUCUGUGGCAUCUGCAAUCGAGGGUUCCGCCACAAGACCGGCCUGACCGUGCACGGUCGGAGUCACUCCGGAGUGAAACCGUUCCGGUGCGCCGUCUGUGGCACCAGCUUCGGUGAUGCCGGAACACUCCGGAAGCAUGGAGCCGUCCAUCGGACGAAGGACGCAGUGUAGCGCCGGGCAUCGGGGAGCACUUCCGACGGCACGUUGCACCUAUCAGCUGGGUACGGAUGAAUGCGAGCAAACGACACAUUCUGGACCAGCGCCUUCCUACGACCCGAUUGUCUCAGCAACUCGUUAACAGUGGUUCUAAAAAUAAUGGAUGACCAUAUAGCCGGUGUGUAAGGGCAUAAAAAUGAGUUUUAAUUAUUUUUCGCAACCAAUAAGCA